AGGAUGGCUGCCUCCCAGCUGGAAUGCCUCGACGGCGACGUGGGGCUCCUGGGGGGCUUCGGCGGGGGGGGUCCCGGGGGGCCGGGGGCCCUCGGGGGGGGCUCCGCGAGGCGACGCGGCCGCUCGCGGCUGUCCGAGGCGCAGCGCCUGGCGCUCGAGGCGCUGCUGCAGGGAGGCGAGCGCGCCUACGGGGAGCUCGCCAGCAAGGAGAACCUGCGCGCAUUCCUCUCCGAAGGCGAGGUGCGUGCGCUGCUGCGUACGGCUCGGCACGGCGACCCGGGGCUCCGCAAGAGGCCGGCGGCCGGGGCCGGUGACGCCGCCGGCUGCGACGCGACCGUCGGCGUCGGCGCUUCGACGGGCUCCCUCACCUACUGGCCCGAGCGCUCGGAGCGCGACGCCCCCGACCUCGACCUGGGCUGGCCCGGCUCGAGCGCGUACCGCGGGGCGACGCGCGUCACCGUGAGCGCGCACCCCGGCGCCGACGACGGCGCCCCGAGCCCCAAGGAGACGGUGCGGGAGCUGGUGCAGGGCGCCAAGCAGCUGGUGGCGCUGGCCGUGGACGAGCUGACGGACGCGGACGUGCUGGGCGACCUGCUGGAGGCGGCGCGCCGCGGCGUCCCCGUCUACCUGCUGCUGGACGCCGCCGGCGUGGGGCCCCUGCUGGACACGAGUCGCAACCUCGGGGUGGACCUGAGCACGCAGAGGAAGGUGCGCGUGCGCUCGCUGGGCGGGCUGGAGUUCUGCUCGCGCUCCGGCGCGCGUCUCCCCGGCCGCAUGGCCCACCGGGUGAUCCUCGUGGACGGGGACAAGGCCGCCACCGGCACCUACAGCUACACGUGGUCGUCGUCGCACCUCGACCGCCACCUCCUCACCGUGCUCUCGGGCCAGGCGGUGGAGGCCUUCGACACGGAGUUCCGCACUCUGUACGCGCAGUCGCGGCCCGUAUUUGGCAGCGACUCGCGGCCCACCGCCACCGCCGCCAACAACGACGACAAGGGCCGACCGGGGCCCGGCACGCGGCCCCUCUACCCCAUCACCCCGAAGGCCAUCAACCUGCCCAUGCGCUCGGCGGCCAGCCCGCUCUACGCGCUCGUCAAGGCCGGGGCGGCCAACCGGGAGGCCGCCGCCGCGGCCGCUGCCGCCGCGGCCGGUGCCGGAACGGCGGCCCCCGACGCGAAGGACUCGCCGGGGAAGCGGCUUCUGGAGCAGAAGGACGCGCGGAGGGACCAACACCAACAGCAUCAUCAGCAGCAUCAUCGUCAGCAGAAGAUGAUGGAGAUGAACGGCGGCGGCCGCGGCCAGGACGUGACGGACCACCUGGGCAUCCCGGACUGCGUGGAGCGCCACAAGGUGGAGGCCUGCGUCUCCUUCGAGGCGGAGAAGGCGAGCGCCGACGCCGCCAGCCUCCCCCGGGACGCCGCCGCCGCCGUGGCCGCCCCGGGCCGCCCCCCUCCCCGCCCGGCCCCUCCCGUCCCGCGUCCUGCGGCCCAGGCGCUCAGCUCGGCCGGCGAGGCGACGCGCGACCCCCUGGCCGCCUCGGCCGCGGGGACGCGGGCCGCCUUCGCCAAGUCGGCCCUGGACCUGCGCCCUGUCGGCAAGGACGACGACGAGGAUGGUGAGACGAGAUCGCAGGAUCGCCUGGACGGGACCCCCUUCGCGAGACAACAGCAGCAGAAUCAGCAGCAACAGCAGAUUCAGCAGCAGCAACAGAAUCAGCAGCAGCAGCAGAAUCAGCAGCAGCAGAAUCAGCAGCAGCAGAAUCAGCAGCAGCAGAAUCAGCAGCAGAAUCAGAAGGAUCAGCAGCAGCAGAAUCAACAACAGGUGGCAAAUCAGCAGGCACCACAACAGCAGCAACAAGUCUCAAAUCAGCAGCAGCAACAAGUCUCAAAUCAGCAACAAGUCCCAAAUCAGCAGCAAGUUCCAAAUCAGCAGCAGCAACACGUUGCAAAUCAGCAGCAAGUCCCAAAUCAGCAGCAAGUUCCAAAUCAGCAGCAGCAACACGUUGCAAAUCAGCAGCAAGUUCCAAAUCAGCAGCAAAAAGUUCCAACUCAGCAGCAAGUCCCAAAUCAGCAACAAGUCCCAAAUCAGCAACAAGUCCCAAAUCAGCAGCAAGUUCCAAAUCAGCAACAGCAGCAAGUUGCAAAUGAGAAUGAGCAGGAGGAAGAACCACGUGACCAUCAUCAUCAGCAUCAGCAGCAGCUACACGAGGAGGAAGCCACGACCCAGGAUGAGCAGCAAGAGGAUGAGGAACCACGUGACCACCCUCAUCACCAGCAGCAGGCGGCGUUGCCCCUCGCCCCCGUCGGCCAGCGGCGCGGCGCGGCGGCGCUGGUGGAGCGGCAGCGGCGCGCGCUGCGGGCCCACGACACGGGCCGCUGGAUCGAGACGGAGGCGGCCGCUGUCGCUCCCAAGGACCCCAAACUGUCGCGGAGCGUCGGCGAGCUGCGAUCCCCCACGGAGGUAGCCGUCCCGACCCCCCUGGGCCCAGCGAGGCCGCAGCAGCAGCAGCAGCAGCAGCAGCAGCACGAUGAGGCCACCGCCGCCGUCGCCUCCGCCGCCGCCGCGAGGCCCCACCACACGGAGACUCGCUCGCACUUCGCGCCGCGUCGCGCCACCCGGCGCGGGCUCGCGGCGAACCUCGCGGGGUCCCACGGGGACGCGGCGAGCUGGGGGAGCCCGCGGCUGCAGGCGGCGCGCAGCGAGGGGACGCUGUGCGAGUCGGACGAGGAGUUCGUGCGGAGCGGCGGCGGCCUCCCCGGCGCUCCGCACGAGAGGCCCGGCGCCUUCCCGCGCCGCCAGUCAGCGGCGGACCUCUACCACGAGGGCCUCGUCAAGUCGCGGCGCCGGCGCGCCUCCACGCUGCUCACCAAGGUGCUCUCCGACCCCAACCUCCUGGACGGACGCGGCGGGACCUCUUCCUCCUCUCGCCUCGCCCUCGACCGGGAGGGCGGCAGCGUCCGCGAGGGCCCCGCCGCACGGCGCCACCCGGACGCGGCGGCCGGGAGAGCGGCGCCUCCCUCGGCCGCGUGGGGCCGGGGCGGCCGCGGGAGACCAGAGGCGGAGGUGGAGGCCUCUUCGCGGUGGAGCCGCCGCGAAGAGGAGGCGGAGGGGGCGCGUGCGGCGAGCUCCGCGGUGCUCACGGCCGGCAUGGUGCACCAGGCCAUCAGGCGCACCAAGCAGCGCUACGAGAGGGCCUCGCUGGAGCGUCGCGGCGCCGUGGGGCCCGAGCGGGAAGGCGGCGGGGCGGAGGCCGCGAGGGUCCCGAGUCUCGCCCUCGGCGCCGUCAACUUCAGCACCGUGGACAGCGGCCGCAGUUUCAGCACCGCGGACAGCCCCAGGACGGACAGGACGGACAGGACGGACAGGACAUGGACAUUGAGCACCAUGGGCAGCUCCAGGACGGACAGGACAGGAACUCUGAGCAUCGUGGAUAGCCCCAGGACGGACAGGACAUGGGCUCUGAGCACCAUGGGCAGCUCCAGGACGGACAGGACAGGGACUUUGAGCAUCGCGGACAGCACCAGGACGGACGGCGCCGGGCCCCGCAGCGUCCUGGACGCCGCCUCGACUCGGGCCGCGGCGCCCCGGGGCCCGAGAGAGCGGCUCGCGGCGAGGGCCGCGCGCGGGGAGAGCGAGGAGGGGGACGAUGGCGACUCGGGGCGACGGCGGCGGCGACGAGGAGGAGGAGUAGCAGUAGAAGACGAAGCAGCAGCAGCAGGGGAAGCCGGCGAGCGCGUCUGGGAAGUCGGCAGGAGGAGGCGUCGGUGCCAGAUGACGGAGCCGCCCGCCGACUCGACGGGCGGCAGCGGGGAGGAGAGCGCGGGGGGCUGCGGCCACGAGAGGCGGGGCUCGCGGGGCACCGUGAGGAGCAUCGCCACGAUGUUCGAGGGCCUCGCGCGGCCUGCACGUCGCGCGCGGCCGCUGUCGUCGGCGCCCAGCGACGACACCGACUCGGGAGGCCGCGACGGGAGCGUCCGCGAAGGGGGUGCCCGGGACGGGGGUCCCCGGUAGAGCCGAACACCCCCACACCCCACACCCCCCACACCCCACGCCCAGCGGGUGGAGGCGUCGGGAAGGGGUGCGCGUGGCUGUGUGCGGGGGUGUUUAUGAGUGGGUGGGUGUGUGGGUGGGUGGGUAUGUGGGUGAGUGAGCGGGCGAGUA